CUCGAGCGCUGUGCAUCCCUUUGUCCGUCCCUUUGUUUCCCAGGGCCCAUUGUCUUCUUUUUGCGGCGCGCAGGGCGGACGAUGGACCGGGAGAUAGGAAUACAAAGGGGUCGAGUGAGACAAAGGGAGGUGUGAGAUGGACUGUGCGGUGCCUGACGACGAGAGACGGGGAGGAGUAGGUGUGGCUUUCCUCCUCGUUCUCUCUCUCUCUCUAUAUCCCCUCCUCAUCGCAAUCUUCUGACAGGACGAAUAAGAGAAGAUGAUGAGGAGGAAGUCCAAAGAACGGGCGACAGAAGAGGGCAAGAAGAAGCGAAAGAAGCCAAAGACGAUGGCAACAUACCACACGCUGUUCUCGACGCUGCAUCGGCGAGAUGCGCCCCUGGUAGGCCUCGCGCUGUUCCUCUCAAUUGCGUCGGGCGCCAUGCCGACGCUCAUGACGCUCGUCAUUGGUGACGCUUUUGACGCCUACACGGCCUACAAUCCGCAUGGCGAUGUGCCAUCGUCGAUCUCGCAAGACAGAAAGGACGCGCUGAUGCGGGGGGUAGCUCGAAGCGUCUGGCAGCUCUGCAUCUUGGCCGCGGGCACCAUGGCGCUCAGCACGUCGAUGAUCUCGGCGUGGAUCAUUGUAAGCGAACGGGUCGCGCUGGGCUGGCGGAGGCGGGUUUACAGCGCUGUGUCGGCCAAGACGAUGGCGUGGUUCGACAAGGGCGUGGACGGUGCUGGGGCCAGCUCGGGUGCGGGCGGGCUCAUGACCAAGUUUGCGAGAGACACCGACGAGGUACGGCAGGCCACGUCGCAGACGGCUGGACAGCUGGUCCAGUACGUGACGACGCUGCUGUCGUGCCUGUGCCUGGCCCUGUCCAAGGACUGGUCGCUCACCCUCAUUGUGCUCGCCUCGAUCCCGCUGACGGCGACGCUGGCGACGGUGAGCGAGCGCCUCACUGCGCCGCACCUGAUGCAAGAGCGCGCGCACAUGGCCAAGGCAUCGAGCAUCGUCGAGCGCAGCGUCAAUGCCAUCGCGACCGUAAAGGCAUUUAACGCGCAGCCAUUCGAGCAGCAGCAGUUUCAGCACCUCCUCGACCAGUCCUUUGACGCAUGGACCCGGCUCGCGGCGAUAUGGGCCGCACGCAUCGGCAUGACGGGCACCCUAACCUUUGCCAUGUUCACCAGCGGCUUCUGGUACGGCAGCCACCAGGUCCAGGCGGGCAGCAAGAGCCCGGGCACGAUCCUGACCGUCUUCUGGGCCAGCCUGCUCGCGGUGGGCCACCUGCAGAUGAUCAUCAUGCGCCUCAGCAUCGUCGAAAAGGGCAAGCAGGCCGCGAGCAGCCUCCAUGCGCUCACCGAGAAGGACGACGAGGUGGUCCAGGCUGCUUCGGCGCCCGUCAUUGCCACAAGCAGCAGUGAGAGUAGCACGGCUGGCAAGGUAGAGGACAAGGACAAGGACAAGGACUCGGCGUCGGACUCGCACUCGCUCCUCUCGCUCCCCGAUCUCGGCCAGAAGUCGAGUCCAACAACACCGACGACGAUGACAAUGACGCCCAUCUCGCCACGCAGCCGCACGCCUUCCUCGCCCCUCUUCCGGACCGGCCUGGCUGCUCGGCCACCGGUCUACCAGCCCCUGCGCAAGAUCUGGCCGACGGGCCGCUGCCACGGCGAGAUCAAUUUGCGCGGCGUCUCAUUUGCAUACCCCUCGCGGCCCCAGACGGCGGUGCUGCGAGACGUCGACAUCUUCAUCCCUGCCGGCGAGACGACAUUCAUCGUCGGCGGCAGCGGGUCUGGCAAGUCGACGAUCGCCCACCUGCUGCUGCGCCUGUACGAGCCGAGUGCGGGCAGCAUCGAGAUCGACGACCAGGACGUGCGCUUCCUCGACGUCGACUGGUGCCGCGCCAACAUGGCCGCCGUGGACCAGCAGCCGAUCGUGUUUGACCUGAGCGUGCACGACAACGUCGCCUUGGGUCUCUGUGGCGUGCGUGGCGAGCAGCUAAAACAGCAGCGUCUCGGCCCCAACCACGUGCCCCAUGCCAGCAGCGACGACGUCGAGGCGGCGUGCCGGAUGGCGCUGCUCCACGACUUUGUCCGCGACCUGGAGCAGGGCUACGAGACGGUGCUGGGCACGCGCGGCGCGAGCCUGUCGGGCGGGCAGAAGCAGCGCCUGGCCCUCGCGCGCGCCCGGCUGCGCGACCCGCCGGUGCUGAUCCUCGAUGAAUGCACGUCGGCGCUCGACGUCACGUCGCGCCUCCUCGUCAACGAGGCCAUCAAGCGCUGGCGGCACGGCAAGACGACCGUCGUCAUCACCCACGACCUCCAGCAGGUCGCCGACGACGACUUUGUCUACCUGCUCGAGCAGGGACGCGUGGCUGAGCAGGGCUACCGCGCCGACCUCGAGAAGAACGCAGCGGGUGCCUUUUCGGUGCUCGCGCAGACGCAGAGCGGCAAAGGCGGCAAGGGAGGCGAAGGAGGGAGGAAGAAGGAUGACGUCGACGAAGAGCCAGUCGAAGCAUUCAUCGACGAGGAGCCGAGUCCGACGGGGCUUGACUACCGAGCAUCAAGGGCACUCGCGAGGGAGGAAAAGCGCUUUGGAGCGCAGCAGCAGGGCAAGGGAGCACAGUCGCACUCGAGGGCGAGCCGGUGGGCGAAGGACUUUGUUGUGCAGGAAGAACAGCCGCCGCUCCCCUCGUCCUUUGUCUAUGGUGAUGGUGAUGCAACUUCUGCCGCUGCUGCUGCUGCAGGCUGGACCAUUGAGAGGGCGGCGCCGAGGAGGGGCGGCCACUCGAGGGUCAGGUAUGGCUGGUCGAGCGGGAGCACGUCCGCGUCCAGCUGUGGCGACAGUGUAUGCACCACUCUCACCAAUUCGACGACGACGACAACGACGGCAGGAGGCUCCAUCUCUGGGCUGAAGCCGCUGCGAUUGGCUGCCGAGCGGCAGAAGAAGCUCGUCGACGAGGAGGGCGCAGAGGCGUGGCUCGAGGAGGCCAGCGUCGCCGUCAGCCUCCGUCGGCCGAUACAGCAGCAGCGCGCAGCGAGGAGGAUCUGGAACGACGACGACCUGCGAAAGGCCUCGGGAGACGCUCCCCUGACUUCUCCUUCGUCGUCGAGGCUCCACCGUCGCCGCAGGAGAGACAGACGCAAAGGCAGUACCGCGGUCACGAUGGACGAGGACCACGGCAAGCAGACGCAUCCGCCCGCGCGACCAAAGGUGUUUACGAUCCUGUGGAUGGCCUGGCGCACUCAGCCAUCCAAGCUCAUCCUCGUUGCCGGCCUUGUAUGCGCGGUGCUCUCGGGCGCCGUGACGCCAGCCUUUUCCGUCGUGCUGGCCCGGCUCAUGGCGACGAUGGGCAAAGAGGGCCAGUCGCACGCCGUCGUCGUCUUCUCGCUCAUCGUCCUCGGCAUUGCGCUCCUCGACGGCCUCCUCUCCUUUUCCCGCUUCUUUCUCCUCGAGCAGUCGGCAAACCUGUGGGUCCGCGAGCUGCGGAGAAAGGCCUACGCCAGGGUCCUUGCCCAGGAUAAGGCCUGGUUCGACCGCGAGGAGAACAAGGCGAGCAACCUCAUGAUGCGCAUCGUCAAGGACGCCGAGGAUGCGCGCUGGCUCAUCAACCGCAUCAUGGGAAGCCUCAUCCUCGUCGCAUCCAUGAUCUCCAUCGCUCUCGUCUGGUCCCUCGCCGUGGGCUGGCAGCUGACGCUGGCCGGCCUGGCGAUUGCGCCUCUGUUCAUUGGCGCCACGUCGCUCCAGACGCGCUUCGUCCAGAGGAGAGAGGCACUCAACAAGGUCAAGCGCGAGCAGGUCUCGAAGCGCUUCUACGACAUGGCCGCCAACGUGCGCGGCAUCCGCUCCAUGGCGCUCGAGGCCGUCUUUCUCGCAAACUACGAAGACGCACUGGCGGCGUGCCAGUCAUGUGCUCUCAAGGCGGCCCCACUUUCUGGCUUUGGCUUUGGCAUGGGCGAGGCGCUGACAUAUCUCUCCGAGGCCUUUCUCUACUACAUUGGCGCCGUCCUCAUCAUCAAGGGCCUCUACGACUUUGAGCGCAUGGUCCUGGUGUUCAACCUCCUCCUCUUUGCCGUCACCUUUGCCGCCCAGACGAUGGCCUACCUGCCCGGCCUCACCAAGUCGGUCCAGGCGGCAAGCGACCUCGGCCGGCUGCUCGCGCUGCGCCUCGACGACACGAGCGAGUCUUGCUUUCAACCAGCAGCAGCUGCCACUGUCGACAUUGACGGCGGCAUCGAGUUCAGGGAUGUGCACUUUGCCUACCCUCUCCGGCCAACUAAUGCCGUGCUGCGCGGCGUCAGCUUCAGCAUCGCAAAGGGCGAGCGCAUCGCCCUCGUUGGACGCUCGGGCUGCGGCAAGAGCACCAUCGCGGCGCUGCUCCAGCGGCUGUACGAGCCGACGCAGGGCCAUAUUGUCCUCGAUGGCGCGCGCGACCUGGCCUCGAUCGACGUCGAGGCCCUCCGGCGACAGCUGGCCGUUGUGAGCCAGCAUCCAAAUCUCUUUGACGACACGGUCCGCGCCAACAUCCUCUACGGCCUUCCUGCCGGCUGCUUUGCCGUCGGCGAGGUGCAGCUGCGGAGCGCCGCGGCGCGCGCCCACGCCCUCGACUUUGUCGACGCGCUCGAGGCCGGCUUCGACACACGCCUCGGCAGCGACGCGAGCCAGCUGUCGGGCGGGCAGAAGCAGCGCCUGGCCAUUGCGCGCGCCCUCGUCCGCGUCGACGCGGGCCUCGCCCGGCUCCUCGUCCUCGACGAGUGCACCUCGGCCCUGGAUGCUGUCAACCAGGAGGCCGUCGCGCGCAGCUUGCUUCAAGACGACAACGCGGGCGAGCGCCUGACGACGGUCAUUGUCACGCACAAGCUCGAGCUCAUGAAGCGCUGCGACCGCAUCCUCGUCGUCGAGCACGGCCGCGUCGUCCAGAGCGGGCCCUUCGCCAGCUUGGUCCAGCAGCGCGGCGGCGCCUUUGCGCAGCUCGCCAGCGCCGGCGAGUGGGGCGCGUAG